UUUAACAAAAGUUAGUCGAACGCCACAAAUCAAAGAGAACUGUUGGAAUAUCGCGAACGGAAACGUUGUAAAGCGGAAAUAAAAUGUUUAUAAAUACAAGAACUAACUCAUGGACUAUGUGGUUUAUUCUAUGUGCAGCAACAUGUCUCCUUAUCUCGCAAACAUCAGCCGAGCCUCGUAUCAUCAAUGGAACACAAGCUGAUAUGGAAAACUCCAAGUAUGUUGUGUCCAUAAGACUGAAACGUUACGAUAACAAUUUCGGAAGUGGCCAUGUAUGUGGGGGUUCACUAAUCGGGCCCAAUAAAGUGUUAACGGCAGCUCAUUGUCUAUACAACUCUGAUAAAAAGCGUUUUCGUAAAGCCAAUGAAUUUGUUGUUGUCAUGGGCACCUUGAAUCGUUUCGAACGUGUCAAUGGUACCAUAGUUUCAGAUGUAAAAUCGAUUGCCUACAUGAACACCUUCAGCAUGGAUACGAUGCGUGAUGAUAUCGGUCUGAUGUUUUUAAAAACUGGAUUGCAACCAAAUCUGACUCAUCUAACAGUGGCACCCAUCACAAUGGCAAAUCAAAGCACUUCCAUAGGAGUGACAUGUCAAGUAUCCGGAUGGGGUAAAACAGAGAGGAAUUCACUCUCUCCUAUAUUGCUGACAGCCAACGUAACGACCAUAUCACGGACAGUCUGUUCCGUAUCGUACCUCAAUGGCAUUUUGAAUGGCAUGAUUUGUGCUGGCCACCUAAAGGGUGGUACGGAUUCUUGUCAAGGUGAUUCGGGGGGUCCUUUGGUGUACAAUAAUACCCUCAUUGGUGUGGUAUCAUGGGGUUCAGGAUGUGCUCAACCAGGGUUUCCAGGAGUAUACGCUGAUGUCCAAUACUAUUAUCGUUGGAUUAUGGAACGAAAUAGUGCACAUAGCAUAAGAUUAGCAAACAUUAAUUUAAUAUUGGUUGUUAUUUUAGGCGUAAUAAAAUAUUUGUAAUUAAAAGAAAAUAAAAUGAA